AUGGUUUACGAUGCACUGUUUACUGAUUUUGUUGUCACAGGAGAAAGAGCACGUGCAGCAAAUCAAGAACAAUCGUCCGGCAUUGGACUUAAUUUUGAUGAAGAAGGAAUAAAUGUUAUUGAUGAUUGUGACAAAGAACACUUUACUCAUCUUAAUAAUGAAAUGAAGCCAUCACUAAAAAGACAAAAAUCAACUGAUGGUGUUAGCACCAGUAGUCAAGUAAGAAAGAGUAAGAAAAAAACAGCUGCAAUAUUAAUAAAAGAGGAUAUACAUUCUUUCAUAGAGUUUAUGUCUAGCAAAAGCACUGCUACAUCUCUUGCAGUUAAUGACACAUCCAUCGAGAAGUGUAUUGGCACUAAAAUGAAGAGUUCGAACUCUAGUGACAUAGUAAAUCCUUAUCCAAGUUAUUCGCCAGACGAUGAAGAUGAAGAAGAACUGGAGGAAAUACAGAGGGAGAAAGAUGAGAAGGAAUGGACGGCUUUAUAUCAAAUAGCAGGAGCUCACAAGCCAUGUAAUGGUCGAUAUCUCCCUUUCUUUAGAGAUUGUAUGGGAGCACUGGAUGGCACACAUGUUAAAGCAAGGUUACCACAAGGUCAAGAGAUACCAUAUAUUGCACGUAAAGGUUAUCCGACUCAAAAUAUUCUUGCUGUGGUAGAUUUUAAUAUGUGUUUUACAUUUGCAUGGGCUGGGUGGGAAGGAGCAGCCCAUGAUAGUCGUAUAUUUGGUGAGGCCCUUCGUAGACCAGAACUCAACUUUCCACGUCCAAUUGGAAAUAAGUAUUAUCUAGUUGAUGUAGGAUAUCCGCACAUGAAGGGAUAUAUGGCUCCAUACAAAGGAGGAGAUAAUGUGAGAUAUCACCUAGCACAAUUCCGCCGCGGUGUAACAAGACAAUUGAGAGAACCAAGAGGGCGAAUUGAAAAAUUUAACUAUUUGCAUUCUUCUUCUAGAAGUAUUGUAGAGCGCACAUUUGGGGUUUGGAAAGCAAGAUGGUCUAUUUUGCGAGACAUGCCUUUCUAUAACAUUGACACUCAAAGAGACAUCGUACUUGCUUCUAUGGCCAUUCAUAACUAUAUUAGAAAGAAAUGCAAUAUGGAUGAUGCAUUCCGAGCAGCUGAGAAUGAGAGAUAUGUUCCAUCUGUUGAUCCUGAUGUUGGUACAUCUUUGAGAGCUAAUAACAAUAUAAAUGCGGAAAAUGUGGAAGAGCAAAGUGAUCUUGUUUGGAUGGGUCUUCGCGAUUUGAUUGCGAAUGAAAUUUGUGAAGCUUGA